UGUACGGCUGGCCAUGGCGGCGCUGGUGUGCACGCGGUGGCUCCCUCGGUCGUGGCUAUGCAGGAGGCCCGGGCAGGGUUGCGGCCGGCACUACCGAGCCGCGCUUUGCACCACGCUGAAGCAGCCCCUGGCCAUCGAAGAGGUGGCCUCCCGCGCUGUCCAGCCUCACGAGGUCAGAGUUGAUGUUCAUUUUUGUGGCAUUAACUUUGCUGAUAUUUUGGUCUGCCGUGGUCAAUAUCAGGAAAGGCCCCAUCUUCCUUUCACACCUGGAAUGGAGUUUUCUGGGACAGUACUGGAGACAGGUGCAGAUGUCAACACAGUGAAAGAGGGAGAUUGUGUUAUUGGUGUGAGUAUCUUACAUGGGAUGGCUGAAGAAUGCAUCACUGACCAGAAGAACCUGUGGCAGGUUCCAGAAAAGGUCUCUCUAAGAGAAGCUGCUACCUUACCUAUAUCUUAUGGCACAGCUAUUUUGGCUCUGGAGCAUCGGGCCCAUACCCAGCCUGGAGAAACUGUUUUAGUGACAGCAGCGGCUGGAGCCACAGGACUUGCAGUGAUAGAUGUGGCAACAAAUGUUCUUCAGGCCAAGGUAAUAGCUGCAACUGGAAGUGAUGAGAAGUGCAAGCUGGCGAUGCAGAGGGGCGCACAGUUCAGUGUGAACUACAGUCAGGGCAGCCUGAAGGAGGCGGUGAAGGAGCUGGUGGGCAGGAGUGGGGUGAACGUGGCCAUCGACAUGGUGGGAGGAGAUAUUUUCCUGGAGGCUCUCCGCAGCCUGGCGUGGGAGGGCAGGAUUGUGGUGUUGGGAUUUGCUGGAGGAAGCAUUGCAUCUGUGCCCUCCAACCUGCUGCUACUGAAGAACAUCUCUGCCAUGGGGCUGUACUUUGGUCAAUACAAACAGGAGAACUUUACGGUCUUCUCCAAGAGCAUGUCGUCCGCACUUCAGUACUGCCAGCAGGGACGCAUACAGCCACACAUUGGAGCGGUGUUCAAGCUGGAGGAGGUCAAUGAUGCCUUCCUUCAUGUGAUUCAGCGCAGAUCCACGGGCAAAGUGCUCCUCAGUCUUAAAUAAAUCCUCACCUCAGCACAACCUCAAUGUCUAAAUCCAAGCUUAUCAGUCCUCCCUCCCCCAACCUGAUUUCCUUCCCAUGUUUCUAAAGCUUCCUUAUUGACCACGUUUAAAAUCUUAGAGUCAGUCACCUUUGGUUUGUCUUCUUAUUGCUCAUAAUUAGUAUGACCAUAGAGAUUAUUGUCUAAACUUGGACAAUAUCAGUAUUGUCCAAGGGUGAUAUCAGUAAUUAUGCUGGGAAAAUGUGUCCCAGGCAAACCAGGAAGUAUGGUUGCUCUGUUCAAAGUGCAUGUUACUGAGUCUGUCAUUCCCACUUCUAAGAUGUCACUCUCCUCCAUCCCUCUUUUCUACUCUAAUUAUGUCUCAUCCAGUACUUCCAGUGACUACUAUUUUGAAUUGGCUUUCCCACCUUUAAGCUUCUCCCAUCCCCUCCCAUCUGAGUUACACACACUGCCCUGGUGACCUUCCCAAAACACAGCCCUGACUAUGUUUUUUUCUCAGAAACCCUGCAGUGACUCACCACUGCCGACAUGGAGAGUUCCGACCUUGAGCCCUUCCUGGCACUGUAGUCCACAAUUCCCCUAGUCCCUAAGCAGACCUCUGCCUCCCUCAUGGGGCUCUGCCCAUGCAGUUUCCUUUGUCCUCAUCUCUGUCAAUCACAGGCCUUCCUCACCUCUAAGGUCUGUCUUCCCCAGGUGCCUUUAUCCCUAGGAGAGUGGUGAUCUCUCCCUCCCAUCCUCUUCCCUCCCCUCCCUUGUCCUACCUUCCUGUAACUUCUCUCCCAGGAUUUGUCACAUUUUAACUUGUAUUACAAGAAGCAGAUGUGUGGUGGAAUGAACAUAGGCUUCUGAAUCCAACAUGUGGGCUCAAGUAACAGCCUCACCACUGUGCAGGUGGCUACCUAAGGGCUCUGCACUUCGUUUUUCUCGCUGUGGCAUGGCUAUUGCACUUUCUUCCUCCCAAAUUGUGAGCAAUAUGUGCAGUGAUUGGGCAAAGCACCUUACAGCUGGUGAUCAAUUAGCAAAUGCUGGUAACUCACUUCUUUCUCACUUCCUUUCCAAUGUAUUGUCAGUUCCUUGAGAGCAGGUGUCAUGUCCCAUUCACCUUUGUGACUUCCCACACUUCCUACCCUGGUGAAUUAUCCUUGGUAAAUGUGCAACUAAUUGAAUUGAAUUUCAAUUACCUGUAAAUCUUUAGUUAUGGAAUUAAAUGAAGAAUAUGUUGUCCUGGAAACAACCCAAAUGUCUAUCGACAAGUGAGUGGAUAAAUAAAAUGGUAUAUGCCUACAAUGGAAUAUUGUUCAGUGUUAAAAGAGAUACAGUUCUGGUACAUGCUACAACAUGGAUGAGCCCUGGGGACAUUCUUUGUGAAAUAAGCCAGACACAAAAACACAAAUAUUCUAUGGUUCUACCUAAAUGAGAUAACUAGAAUUGUCAAACUCAUGGAGACAGAAAUGAUGGCUGCCAGGGACCCUCUGGGAGUAGAUUUUGGUAAACUGGCCCUCUGCUUUCAGGGGAAAAUGGGGAGUUAUUAAUGGGUGUAGAAUUCCAGUUUGGGAAGACAAGUUUUGCAGGGAGAUGGUGAUGAUGCUUGUUCUAUACUGGAAUAUACAUAAUGCUACUUACUUAAAAAUCAUUAAAAUGAAAAAAAGUAGUUAAAAUGGUAAAUUUAAUGUUAUGUAUCUUUUAUCAUAAUAAAAAAGUUACACUGGCUGUGGUGGUUUGUGGCUGUAAUCCCAGCUAUGAGGGAAGUGGUGAUUGGGAGGAUCAUGGUUUGAGGCCAGCCUGGUGAAAAGGUAGCGAGACCUCUCCCCACCCACCUCAACAAACAAGCCUGGCAAAGUGCUUUUUCUUAAACCUUGCAUAUGGCAGUGCACGCCUGUAAUUCUAGCUACAUGAGAAGGAUAAGUAGGGGGAUUAUAGUCCAAAGCAGGGCCA